AUGGCUGAGUCCCGGAGAGUUCAGCUGACCACUUUGAGUUGUGAUGCGUCCUCACCAGCUAACAAGUCCGCUUCUGUUAGCACGGCCUGCACGGAUGUUCCGGAGGCCAAAGAAGGCGGUUCAGACCGACCAGUCGACCCCAACACAGUACGGCUCGUUCUUACUUUAUUUGAGCCAGACGAACGGACUUUUCCCGAGUUCAGCUACUCCCAACUUGUGGAGAAGAAGAUCAGCCGAACGGAAGAUUUUCAGCCCAGCGCACUUGAACACAACGAAGAACAUGAUGAAAUUUCAGCUAUUGCAAGAAAACUGGAGGAAAAAUAUGGUGGCAAACAUAAGAAAAAGGACCGCAUCCAGGACUUGAUUGACAUUGGUUACGGUUAUGAUGAAGAAGAUUCUUUCAUUGACAAUUCGGAGGCUUAUGAUGAGUUUGUGCCAUCCUCCAUCACCACCAAAUUCGGUGGAUUCUAUGUGAAUUCGGGGAUGCUGCAGUUCCGCCAGGCCUCUGAUACAGAGAAUGAAGACUUCAUGGCAGAAGAGAGGACAUUUGAGCCCACAAAAAAACGUAAACUCCUCGGUGAACAGGAUAAGCCAAAGAAGAAGCUGUGCAAAGCAAGUGAAGAGAUGGAAGGCUAUGCACAUCUGAAGCCAAGCAGUUUGCCUGAAAGUGGACGACAUGAAAAGAUUAAGAUCAAAAAGAAGAGGGCAGUGAAGACACUGAGUGUCACCAGCAUGCUGAAAAAGUUUCAAAGAGAAAAAGACAAAGAACGGCAGAGGAUGGCAAAGUCGACAGCAAUCACAGGUGCUGCACCACCCUCCCUGUUCCCGGCAGACGCCGCCGGUGGUGGCGGCUCAGGACUAACUGACCCUCUGCUCUGUCUGAUUGGCUCCACCACUGAUCACGCCCUUAUCCAAGCAGCUAGCACAGUUGAUUUUGAUAUCGAUUUAGACUCUUUGUUAGAUGUCAGUGAAGACUCUUUGUCACCAAGGUCUCAUCCUCAAACUGCAACAGAGCCACGUGUGCUCCAAAACAGGGCAGACGAGCAGACGCAUCAAGACGGUGCAUCCAAUAUGGAAGUACAAGUUCUGAAUCUAGGGUCCAACUAUCAGCCGGUACCUCAUCCAGAGCAAACCCAUGUGCAGUCCAAACCCAGUUCUACUGCAGAACAGUCUGCCCCUUUGCCAGAGGGGCUCGCCCCAGGCCUGGAGGAUAGCAUCAGAAAGCUCAUGGUGGCUGCUAAGAUAUCAGAAGGGGAGUCAAAACUGAAGUUCUUCAAUCCAGAAAUCAACUCAAUCUUGCUUGAUAUCGAGUUGCAGUGUCAGGAGCAGGGUGGCCAGCUCCGCUCCAAGGUGUAUAGACAUAUGUCGUCUUUCAUGCCCUGUAGCAAAGAUACUCUCUUCAAACGGGUGAAGAAACUCUUAAUCUCACAUGUGGAGGAGUCGCCUUGUUUGGAAGAUACCCUGCAGAAACUGAAAGAGGCCAUUGGAAGAUCAAUGCCUGAACAGAUCGCAUGUUUCAGUGAAAGCUGCCAAGCAUAUGAACAGGUCAAAACUUUAAAAGUUACAGAGGAGGAACACACGGAGGAGAAAAGUGGCAGAAAAGGGGGUCCAAAGAAGUUGUUCAAAUGGAAUCAGGAGAUCAGAGAGUGCUUGGGUCAUGUGUUGAAGGAGAGAAUGAACCAAUCUAAAGAUAAAGGAGGUCCUGAGACUGAAGAGAGCCUUAAAUCUCUACUGGAUAAUGAAGUCAAACCACUAUGGCCAAAAGGAUGGAUGCAGUCUAGGGCACUAAUGAGAGAGAGCAAGAAACUUUUGGGUCUCUCUACUUCAUUACCAAUGAACAAGACAAAGUGCUUGAAGGGGACAUCUUCCAUCAGUGGUGCUUCCAAAUUAUCCGAUGGCUGCAAUCAUCAGGGAAUUCCAAAUCUGGGAGAAGCUCCCCAGAGAACAGAUUCUAUCCUCAAAGCGGGUUCAAACAUGCCCAAAUAUCUUGACGGUGAUGGAAAACAAGGUGAUAUUUUGAAAAAGGGUGAAGUUAAACCGGAGUUUCCUGCCCUUUCCUCAUCAUUUGUUGGAGACAAACCUCCAGUCAACGCAACAUCUGCUCUCACACAUUUGCACCUUGAUGUUCUUGCUAAUGACGCACCCUCUCAUGAGAAAAACCUCCCACUUUCCCCUGAGGUCUUAGCAGCAGCUGUUGCAAAACACUGGAGCCAUGGUUUAGAUGCCAAAAGUCCUCCUCCACCUCCUCAGUCCAGCCCUGUUGAUUUCCCCAUGGGAGUGAGUCAGGUUUUGCCAGGGCUGCCCCAGGAUGGAGCCGGAAGACAUGAAAGCCCAGGUCAGGUCCUUAUUGGUUCUAGUGAUGCCCAUAUUACAAUACACUAA